AUGAUUCGUAGUGUUGCAAGCGAGCCGAAACAAGCCAGCGAAGUCCCUCCGGUGGCAAGCCCAUUGGCCGAUUCGUCCGAUGUCCUUUCCGUUGCCUCCAGCGUGAAGUACCACAAAGAUUUCACACCGCUCUAUUCCCCGGCUGCAUCGUCCUCACCCCAAGCUGCAUACGUAGCCACAGCACAGAGCAUUCGUGACACUCUUAUCGAACGGUGGAAUGAGACCGCCGAUCACUUCAACAAAACCAACGGGAAGGAGGUCGCCUACGUCUCGAUGGAAUUUCUGCAGGGCCGCGCUUUGAUCAAUGCGUUGGGUAAUCUGGAGCUCACUGGUUCUUACGCGGAUGCUCUGAAGAAGCUUGGAGUGUCGCUUGAGGACCUUGUUGAGCAGGAGCCCAAUGCUGCUCUGGGUAACGGUGGUCUUGGGCGUCUCGCCUCAUGCUUCCUUGACUCAAUUGCUACACUGAACUACCCUGGCUUUGGUUAUGGCCUGAGGUAUAAGUACGGCCUGUUCCGUCAAGAGAUCACUGAGGACGGGCAAAAGGAGUACGCCGAGAAUUGGCUGGAGACCGAGUAUCCGUGGGAGGUGGUCCGUCACGACAUUCACUAUCCUGUCAAGUUUUUUGGUCAUGUCGAAGAUGGUCCUGAUGGCAGGAAGAAGUGGGUUGGAGGCGAGAACAUGAAAGCCCUCGCCUACGACCUUCCUAUUCCAGGAUACAAGACCAAGAACACGAUCAGCUUGCGCAUGUGGUCGACUGAGAUCCUGGCUUCUGACUUCGAUUUGGCAGCAUUCAACGCUGGCGAGCAUGAUCGCGCUGUUGCCGGACAAGCCAGUGCCGACAAGAUUUGCGCGGUUCUCUACCCUGGGGACGGAUCCUACGAGGGAAAGAUGCUCCGUCUUAAGCAACAGUACCUCCUCUGCUCGGCCUCGCUCCAGGAUAUCCUUGCUCGUUUUGAGGCUAGGAACGGCCCGAAUUGGCAGCUGCUGCCCCAGAAGGUAGCCCUGCAGAUGAACGAUACACAUCCCACUCUCGCUGCUCCUGAGCUUAUGAGGAUAUUGAUCGACGAGAAGGGUCUCAGUUGGGACGAGGCCUGGAAGAUUACUCAGGGGACUGUCGCCUACACCAAUCACACCGUGCUUCCCGAGGCUCUGGAGAAGUGGUCCCAGGACCUGGUGAAGAAGUUGCUGCCGCGUCAUUUCCAGAUCAUCCAGCGCAUUGACGAGGAGUUCAUUGAUCUCGUGGUGAAGACUGUUGGUCUCGGAGACCUUCCGCUGCUGGUGAACAAGAUUCAGAGUAUGCGCAUUCUUGACGGGUCUGAUUUCCCCCCCAAAGUGAAGGCUCUUAUCGAGGCAAAGCAGAAAGAGAACGAGGAAGCUGAAGCAGCUGCCGAGGCUGCAGCCAAAGAAGCUGCUGUGUCAAAGGCAGCUGAGGAUGGUACUCACGUUGAGAAGGAACCGAAAAAGGCCAAGAAGGAGAAGGAAGAGCUGCCGUACGUUAAGGGGCCAGAGGUGGUGCGCAUGGCCAACCUUUGUGUGAUUGCUGGGCAUGCUGUGAAUGGUGUGGCAGAGAUUCACAGUGACAUUGUCAAGGACGAAGUCUUCAAUGACUUUUACCAGCUCUGGCCGGAGAAGUUCCAGAACAAGACCAAUGGUGUAACUCCUCGCCGUUGGAUAAAGUUCUGCAACCCUGAGCUCAGUGCAGUCAUUACCAAGUGGCUGGGCUCUGAUGACUGGGUCUUGAAUGCUGACAAGCUUUCUGGCCUUGCUAAGUAUGCUGACAACGCGGACCUUCAGAAGGAGUGGAUUGCUGCCAAGCGUGCCAGGAAGGAGAUAUUGGCUGCAUGGAUCAAGGAGAAAACUGGUUAUACGAUUAACCCUGAUGUCAUGUUUGACAUCCAGGUGAAGCGCAUUCACGAGUACAAGCGACAGCUUCUCAACAUCUUGGGAGUUGUGUACCGUUACAAGAAAAUGAAGGAGAUGUCCCCAGAGCAGCGCCGCGCGCACUUUGCUCCUCGCGCCGUGAUUUUUGGUGGCAAGGCUUUUGCCACAUACGUCCAGGCGAAGAGGAUUGUGAAGUUCAUCUGCGAUGUGGCCAAGACUGUGAACAAUGACCCUGAGAUUGGUGACUUGCUCAAGGUGGUAUUUGUUCCUGACUACAAUGUCAGCGUGGCAGAGGUUCUCAUCCCAGCAAGUGAACUGUCCCAGCACAUCAGCACUGCUGGCAUGGAGGCAAGUGGAACCAGCAACAUGAAGUUUGUCAUGAACGGUUGUCUCCUUAUUGGCACUCUUGAUGGUGCUAAUGUUGAGAUUCGUGAGGAGGUUGGAGAGGACAACUUCUUUCUCUUUGGUGCUCGUGCUGAAGAGAUAGCAGGGCUGCGCAUUCAGCGUGCUGAGGGCAAGUUUGUGCCGGACCCCCGGUUCGAGGAGGUGAAGGCAUUUGUGCGAUCAGGCGUCUUCGGCUCCUACAACUAUGAUGAGUUGAUCGGUUCACUGGAGGGCAAUGAGGGUUAUGGACGAGCUGAUUACUUCCUCGUGGGCUAUGACUUCCCGGCCUACAUUGAAUGCCAGGACAAGGUCGACGAGGCCUACCGCAAUCAGGAGAGGUGGACUAGGUCUUCCAUUCUCAACACUGCCUUCUCCGGCAAAUUCAGCAGUGAUCGUACCAUUCGCGACUAUGCUAACGAGAUCUGGGGGCUGGAGGCAUCGCCUAUGCCAUGA